AUGAACCAAAUCCCUGUUUUCGCCGGCUUGGGUUCGGAUGCACUUUUCUCUGAACGAACUCUGAAGACUGCGGCAGAAGACGCCAGAACGCCAGAAGGCCAGAUCAUAUUACGAGCGUGCCAUGAGGUAUUUGUGAAAGAAAUCACCUUUGCCACCCACAGCCAGCUUCUAUCUUCGGACAUCAAGCUGGAAGAUUUUGUGGAGCAAGAAAGCCUCAUAAGACCUCGAGGGUGUUAUCAACGAAAUAGCAUCAUUCAACAUGUAUCACUUUACACGAUUCAGCUUCUAAGGUAUUUGCGAUACUCUAAGGAGAAUCCUGGCUCAAUUAUUGGUGUGGCUGGAUUUUGUGCCGGAUUACUGCCUUGUGCAGCGGUGGCCACGUCCAAGAGUAUCAUCGAACUGCUCUCUCGGGGCCAGGAUUUCUUCCAUGUUGCUCUGCAUUUGGGCAUCAGAACCGAAAACUAUAAGCAAAUUAUGGUGGCCAAAGAAGAUUGUCUGCCAGAACUACCGUGGAGUUUGGUAGUUGAUGGGAUUACGGCCCAGCACGCCCAAGAGCUGCUUGACGAACACAACAGACAGUCUCCUGCUUCCUUUGUUUACAUAAGUGCCAUUAACUCCGAUACUUGUGUCACGCUGAGCGGUAGAGGUGAUCACCUUCAGCAAUUCAGCCAAAGCAGUGUGCCAUCCCAAUGCAAGAUACGGCCAACCAACAUUUUUUCCUUGUAUCACAACCGUCGCCAGCUCGACAAAGUCCGAAAAGAUGUUCUUCAAGACCUUCAGAAAAACAAACUAUUUCUAUCAACACCCUUACAUCUCCUUGCUCCGCUGUUCUCUAAUAUCGACGGGAAGCCGGUUUUUUUGGGCCAGCAGGCGACCUUUGGAGAAUUCUGCGAGAAGCUCCUUGAGAUGAUGAUAUUAGAGCCAGUGAAUUGGUUAGCAGUCGAGGAUAACAUUCUUGCCACUAUCAAGCAAUCGUCCGCUGCUGCCAAUGCUUCUUAUGAAAUUCUGAACUUCGGUCCUGGAUACGGCAUGUCAGGGGCCAAAUAUGCCCUCCCGAACAACGUGAGAAUUGUAGCUGCUUCAAUCGUCGAAACACGCUCCUUGCCACAAGACGCUUCCGGAUUGUUGUCACCUGAUGAUAUUGCUAUUGUGGGCAUGGGUGUCGACCUUCCAGGAGCUCCCAAUGCCGAUGCUCUUUGGGAAAACUUGGUCGAAGGUGUCAAUUCUUGCACUGAGAUUCCGUCUUCAAGGUUCCAUAUUGAAGACUUCUAUCAGAAGGAAGAAGGUCGCACAUUGAGGACAAUGUACGGCAACUUCCUGGAAAACCCAUUCAUGUUCGACAACGAAGUGUUUGGUAUUUCCCGUCGAGAAGCCCAUUCCAUAGAUCCACAACAACGGAUCAUGCUCCAAACUGCCUAUCGAGCACUUGAAGAUGCAGGAUAUGUGCCUGAUGCAACACCGUCGUUCUCUAGGAAAACGUUCGGUUGUUUCAUCGGAAACGCUACACUGGACUAUACUGACAAUCUCAGAGAGGGCAUUGAUGUCUACUACAGCCCAGGAACGUUACGAGCUUUUCAGAGUGGACGGAUAUCCUAUGUCUUCAAAUGGAGUGGACCAUCGAUUACUUUAGAUACGGCUUGUUCCUCCUCGAUGGUGGCCAUUCAUCAAGCAGCACGAUCGAUCCGAGCUGGAGACUGCCGAUCAGCAUUGGUUGGGGGUGUGAAUGUAAUCAGUAGUCCUGAUAUGUAUCUUGGUCUCGAUCGAGCACAUUUCCUAAGUCCUACUGGUCAGUGCAAGCCAUUCGAUGAUUCAGCAGACGGCUACUGCCGGUCUGAAGGCUGUGCGGCUUUCGUGAUCAAGAAACUUGGUGAUGCGAUAUCGGAAGGUGACCGAAUACUCGGCGUUAUUCGAGGCACUGAAAUUAAUCAGAGCGGCAAUGCACAUUCCAUAACGCAUCCUCAUUCACCCACGCAAGAAGAAUUAUUCCAAAAGUUGUUACGGAAUACCAGAAUUCAUCCUCACCAGAUCAGCGUGGUGGAAACGCAUGGAACGGGCACACAAGCUGGAGAUCCGAAUGAGCUUGUCAGCAUUCGCGGUGCAUUUUGUAACGAUCGAGAUCCAGAUAACCUUCUCCAUUUUACCUCCAUCAAAGCAAACAUCGGCCACUGUGAGGCCGCUUCUGGGGGUGCAGCAUUGGCUAAAUUGCUACUUAUGAUGAAGAAUGGCAAAAUACCCCCACAAAUAUCUCUCAGAGUUCUCAACCGGAAGAUCAAAGACCUUGGCACGGAUGGAUCCGUCAUUGAUCGUGACGGUGCUACUUGGUCUCGACCUUCAAGACACCCGCGGCUUGCUCUACUCAACAACUUUGGUGCAGCUGGUUCCAAUGGCGCCUUGAUACUGCAAGAAUAUCCUAGCGUCGAAGCUCCCUCUCAAGAUGAAGAGCAGUGCGAGGCUCGCAGCUAUAUGCUCGGGCUCUCGGCUAGAAGUCACAAAAGCCUCCUUGCUUAUAGAGAUGCUUUGCUCUCUUACCUAGAGGCCCCCUCGGUGCCGACUUCUCUUCGUGAUGUUGCUUAUACCAGCACGGCUCGCCGCCAAAUCUAUGAUUUUCGUAUUGCUGUUUCCGGUUCCACUUUACAGGAAAUAGUGGAAAAAUUGAGAAAUGCAGAUGUUCACAACGUUCGUCAGUCAGCAAAUCCGGAGCCACAUGCAGUAUUCGUGUUCUCUGGUCAAGGAUCACAGUACCUGGGUAUGGGCCGUGAGCUCUUGACUGCUUACCCCGAAUUUGAAAAAGUAGUCUUGGAUUGCGAUAGAUGGUUACUGAGCAAUGGAUUUCCGGGAUGUUUCAAAAUAAUCGCAGGCAAAGAGGACCAAGAAAUGCAGUCUCACUCAUCCCGGCAACUACAACAAUCUCUUCAAACAGCAAUCUUUGUCUUGGAGGUAGCUCUGGCGCGCCUUCUGGUCUCUCUUGGUGUCAUGCCAACUGUCGUGCUUGGUCACAGCCUGGGAGAGUACGCCGCCCUCGUCAUUGCUCGUGUGAUUGAUAUGAAAGAUGGUCUGAAAUUGGUAGCACAUCGAGCCAGACUUAUGAUGGAACUGUGUCAACUUGAGACAACGUCAAUGCUCGCGGUUAACCUCAGUGCAGAGAUUGUGAGACAAUACAUUGACAACAGCCCGGAUUUUCAAGAUUUGGCUAUAUCUUGUGAUAACAGCCAAACUGACUGCGUUGUUGGGGGCCCAAUCGGUCAGCUCCAAUCUCUGAAAGAAAGACUCAGUACAAUGAAGACGCGAUCUAAAAUGCUCGACGUUCCAAUGGCAUAUCAUACAGACGCAAUGGACCCCAUACUGGCCCAACUAACAGCCGUCGCUGAGACACUCGAAAUCUCAUGUCCGACAAUCCCAGUUUUAUCCAAUGUGCUUGGUCGGCUCAUCCGACCUGGCGAAGGAGUUUUCACCUCUGAGUAUUUUGCAAUGCAUUGUCGUCAGACCGUUGCAUUCAACGCAGGUAUUAAUGAGCUCUCUCAAAGUGGAAUGGGAGCUGAAGUCUCCCGGUGGAUAGAAAUUGGACCUCAUCCAUCUUUGCUGCCAAUGGUCAGCACCAGACUGGAUAAAGAUACUACGGAUUUUCUACCGUCAUUACGAAAAGGAACCCCGGCAUCUGCUGCAGUUGCUGGGCUCCUAUGCCAUUUUUACCAUACCACUACCGCGGUGAAUUGGCGAAAUGCUUUCGAUGGGCGAGCAAAAGUAACCUCCCUUCCGGCUAUGCCGUUCUCAGAGCAAGAAUUUGGUGUUCACUAUCCCCAUGAGAGUGUCCUGAGAGCCGUGGGUGAGUGUGAUCAGGAUACUGAUUCUGAAACUUCAUACAACUUUCUGACCAGGAUUGUCCAACGUCCAUCGGAGAAGAAUAGCGAGGCUAUCUUUGAGACAUCGAUUUCGGUCUUCAAGGAAUAUAUUCUUGGCCACCGUGUCUGUGAACAUGCUCUCUGUCCUGCCUCUGUAUAUCACGAGAUGGUAUUGGCUGCUUCCAGGUGGACACAACUCGAUAAAGGUGAAGAAGUCAUUAGAAAACUUUCGAAUGUUCUAUACACGGCACCUUUGCUAUACUCAGAUGACUCUUCUGCAAUUGUUAGGGUCUCCAUCAAGCCUGGUGGUGACAAUAAGACACACUACUUGUUCACUGUGUCUUCCUACAACGCCGGCUCGGAUCCGCAGAAACAAGUCGUUCACUGUCAAGGGCAGCUGAAGACACUAUCUGCUGCCCAUGUUCAGAAAUAUGCCAAGCUAGUGCCGCUCAUGGAACGGCAGAAGGAGCGGUUCCUGCGCGUCGAGCAAUCAAACACACAGAUCUUUCUCCGGAAAGCCAUGUACGAAAAGGUUUUCACACGGGUCGUCGCAUAUUCCGAGCUGUUUCAGAUGGUUCAGUCCAUACGUAUCGACCAAGAUGAAGCACUCGCAACAUGUCGUUUCCCCAGUUCACAAGGAGAGACAUCAGGGGCAAACACAAUUCUGAUGGACGUCCUGCUUCAUGUUGCUGGUUUCGUUGCAAAUCUCAACAUUGAUAAUGAUGAAGUCUGCAUCUGCAAAGAGGUCAAAUCUGCUACCAUGAUUCGGGAAUUCCCCUUCUCAGAUACGACGUUCGAAGUCUAUUGCAGCAAUGUCGAGAUCGCAGCCAAUAAUGUGGUCAUAGCAGAUGCAUAUGCUGUUGAUUCACGAGGCGUCAUUGCUGUCUUCAAAGGGAUGGCCUUCCAGCGAGUGAAACUAGCGAGAAUGGCUCAAGCUCUCCGGUUCACAGCUGCGAGAUCUGGUCAUUCAAAUCAGCCUCUCCCAAUCGAGAGAGCCAAAUUGGUAGCAUCAAACCCUUCGUCUCACGUCCCAAAACAUUCUACCAUGCUUGUGAACCAGCAAUCAGCAAUCAGGGACAUUAUUGCGAGAACUUGCAAUCUGGAAGCAUCGAGUCUAGCUGCGGACACCAGUCUUCAAGCCAUCGGUUUUGACUCGCUCAUGAUUAUUGAACUUUCUUCCAAUUUGUCCUCAAAGCUUCAUACUUCAUUUGACCUAUCAGCUCUGGAGGAAUGUGAGACCGUUGAAGAUAUUGAGCAGCUGUGCAGCGAUGGAAGCCAAUCAGGAUCCACACCUACCUCGGAAGCGGAGACCGUUGGCUCUGUCGCUAUGCCAACAACGCCGCCAACGCCUGCAGAUAAGCUCCAUGUUGCUUCCAUAAUUGCCGAAACGUGCGGUGCUCACAUUACCUCGGUGAAAUCGGAUGCAGAGCUCGAGGCUCUUGGUAUUGAUUCACUGAUGAUGAUUGAGCUGGAGGCCCGUCUGCAAAGUCUAUCAAACACCAAGAAGCUUUCGUCUCUGGAACUGUCAGAGUGCAGAACAGUGAGGGAUAUUGAGGAAUUAGUAUAUACAGAUGAAGUAAAACCAGCCCAACUUGAAGUUGAAAUCUCUGCUUGUUUUCCUCCCCGAAUCUGUGGUGAAAAUGAAUCUCCAGUACCAGAUGCCGAAGAGAAAGAAAUUUCCGCAUCCAUCAAAAUGAAGAUUGCGACCAUGCUCAAGUUACAAGAGCAACCCGAACUAGUGCAUCUCGCCGACGAAGAAUCCACCAAAGGUGCCCCACUUUUCCUCAUUCACGACGGUAGCGGCAUCUGCGUUCAAUAUCACCGAUUAAGAUCCUUUAAUCGCACGGUUUAUGCCAUCCACGAUCCCAACUUUCUGGAUCCGGAAUCCUGGUCAGGAAUUCCUGCAAUGGCACAAUGUUACGCACAGCUUAUUGCAAAAACAACUUCCGGUCCUUGCAUUCUCGGUGGCUGGUCUUUUGGUGGUGUUGUAGCAUUCGAGGCUGCUAGAGUGCUAAUGGCAGCAGGUCACUCUGUCGGAGGUGUAGUACUUAUCGAUUCACCACCGCCACUCAAUCACAAGCCGCUCUCUGUGAACAUCAUAGAUGUCAUUACAAAAGGCGAUAGAAACAAAGGUGGCUUGGUGGGUGAGAUUAUUCGCAGCCUUGUCAGGAAAAGCUUCACAUCCUGCGCGGCUAUGCUUGGGGCUUUCAACCCAGAGCCUGUGACAAGUGGCAGUAGACCAAUUCCACGGACUUUGCUGCUACGAUCAAUGGAUGGAUUUCAUCUUGAUACUCUGAGUAAAAGUCGAGUGAUUGAAAAUGCUUGGUUGCAGGAUCGCUCCGAUCCCAAGACCUCUACUGAAGGGUGGGAGACUCUUACAAAGGCAACGAUGCCUUAUGUGGAUAUCCCAGGUAACCAUUUCCAGGCCUUCGAUGUUGUGAAUGUAAGUUGGGUUACUUCGUCCUAUCUGGAGGCAACCUGGAAGGAACAUACUAAUCCCCACCCGCCUUCAUAG